CCCUCCCUCCCCUCACCACAUCACACACACCAUCACCAAUUCCCAUCCGCUUCUUCCUGCGAUUCCAUUCUCUCAGACUCCACAGUUCCCAUCCGAAUUCCAUCCAUGGUGAUGACGAUGACGAAGCAGCUCAGGCGCGUGCGCACGCUGGGCCGCGGCGCGUCGGGCGCCGUGGUGUGGCUGGCAUCCGACGAGGCCUCGGGCGAGCUGGUGGCGGUCAAGUCGGCGUGCGCCGCCGGGGGCGCCGCGGCGCAGCUGCAGCGGGAGGGCCGCGUCCUGCAGGGCCUGUCCUCGCCGCACAUCGUGCCGUUCCUGGGCUCCCGCGCCGCGGCGGGCGGCGAGUACCAGCUCUUCCUCGAGUUCGCGCCCGGCGGGUCGCUGGCCGACGAGGCCGCCCGGAGCAGCGGGGGCCGCCUGGACGAGCGCGACAUCCGCGCCUACGCCGGGGACGUGGCGCGCGCGCUGGCGUACCUCCACGGCCGGUCGCUCGUGCACGGGGACGUCAAGGCCCGGAACGUGGUGAUCGGCGGCGACGGCCGCGCCAGGCUGACCGACUUCGGGUGCGCGAGGCCCGUCUCCUCGACGCGGCCCGUCGGGGGCACACCGGCGUUCAUGGCCCCCGAGGUGGCGCGCGGGCAGGAGCAAGGACCCGCCGCCGACGUCUGGGCGCUCGGGUGCAUGGUCAUCGAGAUGGCCACGGGCCGCGCGCCCUGGAGCGACAUGGACGACCUCCUCGCCGCGAUCCACCGGAUCGGGUACACGGACGCCGUGCCUGAGGUGCCCGCGUGGCUGUCGGCGGAGGCCAAGGACUUCCUGGCCGGCUGCUUCAAGAGGCACGCCAGCGCCCGGUCCACGGCGGCCCAGCUCGUGGCGCACCCGUUCGUCGCUUCCUCCUCCGCCGCCGCCCGCGACUUGCAGGACGCGCAGCCGGCGAAGCAGCAGGCGUUGUUCCCGUCCCCCAAGAGCACGCUGCACGACGCGUUCUGGGACUCGGACACCGAGGACGACGACGGAGCGGACGAGAUGUCGACGGGCGCGGCCGAGAGGAUCGGCGCAUUGGCGUGCGCCGCCUCCGCGCUGCCUGACUGGGACUCCGAGGAAGGCUGGAUCGACCUCCAGGACGACGACCGCUCGGGAACCGUCGACGCACCACCGGCAGCGACGGCGGAUGUCGCGGACUACUUCGUCUGGGCGGAGCCGUCAGAUGCAGCAGAGCUGGAGCAUCAAUUCGUCGCCGCCGGCGCCGCAGAUGUCAGUGUCCAUCUACAUCGUCUCCCGUCGCGCAUUGCAGGAGCGGUGGUAGCUGGUGCCACCACCAUUAGCCAGGGAAGUUACUUGCCUACGCAUUUAGGCGUCCAUGAUGACGGGAUAGGAAAGGUGGAAUCCCACCGCGCUUGUAACAGAAACAGAGUAGUAAUAACAACAACAAUGAAACGAAAUUUCGUUAAAAAAAAUUUUCCUUCUCGAGAUCACCUGCUGGUUGGCACGGCCCCGUACACCUCAUGUGCAUAUGCCUAAACCUAACGUGCGAUC